AUGUGGUUGCAGUUCAAGUCGUUCAACUCUGCUGGCAAAAGAGACACACAUAGCGAAGGUGUGCAGAAGUGUUUGCCAGCGUUUGCUAGUGUUUGCCAGGCACCUGAGAUCGUUAAUUUCAACCUGGGCCGACUACCGGACUGGAAAGGAGGAGGGCUGGAGGACGAGACGAAGGACCAUUUCCCGCAAAUGAAUUUUCGGCCCCAGAUGCUCCUGGAGUUCUGCAUGGCUGAGGGCUGUGAAACAGCCAUGAUCAGCCUGCCCCGAUAUGGGAUGGACGGUGCUGUUGUUGCACGGGUAGCGCACAUCCUCGUUGUCCACCCUGCCUUGCCGACCCUGUGGCCGGACAGGUACAAAUACCAGCGGGCCAGCCUUGAUGACUCGCCGAGUCACAAUCUCCUGGAGCUGCUGCCCAGUGCACUACGAUUUGUGGACCGAUGCGUCAAGCAGAAAGGCCGGCUCCUGGUGCACUGCACACGGGGCAUCUCCCGCAGCUCCAGCGUUGUCAUCGCAUAUCUGAUGCUGUCAAAGAGCAAGAGCUACGAAGAGGCCAAAGCGCAGGUGCAGCAGAAGCGCAGCGUAGCCUAUCCAAACCUCGGUUUCCAAGUUCAGUUGCAACACCUGGAGUCGCUGCUGGCCACUCGCUCGCCACCUCGGAAUCUGGAGGAACGGCUGCGCUGGCUCGGCACCGUGGUUCCCAGUGGGGAUCUCACAUCUCCGAGCUCGACAUUCAGGCUGCUCCAGGCCCUGGAUGCACCGAUACGGCGCUGGCUGGACGAGGUUCCUGCGCUUUGCGAGAAGCUCUUGACAGAGCCCAGACUGGCCCGUGAGCGGGCGCCGUGGAAGCCUUGCGGCCUCUUCUUCGAGGUGCUGCAGAAGUACCGGACCGUGCCUGAGGACGAGUCCCUGGUUGAGCUUGCAGCAUCCGCAGCAAGGCGACUCGAGGCGUCCGUGAAGCAGUUCCACGACUCCUCCAACUCCCUGCCCGGCCUGAAAACUGCGGCUGCCGUGGCACGGGAGGUACAAACCUGGCACCAUGUGGCCCGGGCGGAGUUUGCCCUGCGGAGAGCAUCUGGUCGCGCGACACACGCCAGCUGGCCGGAGGCAGGACACAACAGCGCCGCGCCGGCCCAGGGUCUCGUCGCCUAUGCGUCGGACUCGUCCAGUGACGAGGCAGAGAACAACCACAAGAAGCCGCGCACCGUGUAG